UUGCAGAAAUGCUGUUCUUGCUGAGUACCUGCCAUAUAUAGCCUGUCGAACAUUAAUUGAAACUCUAUUGAAACAAUCAUCUGUUUGCAACAAUCAUCUCGUUGGCUUCGAUGGCUAAAGAAGCAGCAGCAGCAGCUGCCUCAUCUUCUUCUCCUCCACCAUGGAAAUACCAUGUAUUCUUGAGUUUCAGAGGCGAGGACACGCGCUACAAUUUCACAGGCCAUUUGUGUAGAGCUUUGCGUCAAAAAGGAAUUAACACCUUCAUGGAUGAUUACCUUUCAAGAGGAGAAGAAAUAUCACCAGCGCUCCUCAAAGCGAUUGAAGAGUCGAGGAUUUCUGUCAUUGUAUUCUCCGAAAAAUAUGCUUCCUCAAGGUGGUGCUUGGACGAACUUGUUAAGAUCAUUGACUGCAAGAAAUCAAAUCAGCAAAUGGUGAUACCGGUAUUUUACAAGGUGAGUCCCUCGGAUGUUUGAAAUCAGAAGGGUUGUUUUGGUGAUGGACUUGCUGGCCUUGAGUGCAAUUAUAAGGAUAACGUUGACAAGAUCCACAAAUGGAGGCCAGCUCUUUCAGAAGCAGGAAAUUUGUCUGGGUGGACUCUCUUGGAUAAGCAUAAAGAUGAAUCGGAACUUAUUCAUAACAUUGUUGAAGGUAUUUCCGUGCAAGUAUUAAACCGUACAUAUUUGGAUGUGGCCGAAUACCCAGUUGGAAUGGAGUCUCGUGCAGAAGAAAUAAAUAACCUCUUACAUGUCGGGGGAAAUGAUGUCCGUAUGGUAGGUUUAUGGGGGAUUGGUGGAAUUGGUAAAUCAACAAUUGCCAAAGCUGUUUAUAAUUUAAUUUCCCACAACUUCGAAGGCAGUUGCUUUCUCAGUAGCGUUGGAGAAAGUUCAAUGACGGAUAAAGGAUUGGCCAAAUUACAAAAGACACUUCUUUAUGAGAUUCUACUGGGAGACAAGUUGAAGGUGGCCAAUGUUGAUAAAGGAAUCACUUUAAUUAAGGAAAGAUUAAGCAGUAAAAGGAUUCUCUUAGUUCUUGAUGAUGUGAACGACAUGAAACAGUUACACUGCUUAGCUGGGGGAUCAGAUGGUUGGUUUGGCGUGGGUAGUAGAAUUAUCAUAACUACGAGGGAUAAGAAACUGUUAACUGCUCAGCAUCAUAAUAUUUUGAUAUACGAGGUGAAGGAAUUGAACGAUCAUGAAUCUCUCGAGCUCUUCAGUUGGAAUGCCUUCAAAAGCAAAGGACCUUUGGAUGGUUAUGCGGAACUUGCAGACCAUGCAAUACGGUGUGCUCAAGGCCUUCCAUUAGUUUUGAGAGUUUUAGGUUCACAUUUGUACUGUGAAAGUAUAGAUAUGUGGCAAGCUAUAUUAGAUGGUCUGAUCAAAAGUCGAGAAAUUCAAGACGUUUUCAAGAUAAGUUAUGAUGCAUUGGAUGAAAUAGUGAAGGAAGUUUUUCUCGACAUUGCGUGCUUCUUUAAUGGGGAAAAAAGUAACUAUGUGAUCGAAAUAUUAGAAGGUUGUGGGCUAAACCCUAAGCAUAGCAUUGACGUACUCAUACAGAAGGCCCUCGUAAAUAUAUAUUAUGGUAUUAUACGGAUGCACAAUUUGGUAGAAGAAGUGGGUAAAGAAGUAGUUCGCCAACAAUCACCCAAUGAUCCUGGAGAGCGCAGCAGGUUGUGGUUUCAUGACGAUGUUUAUCGUGUUCUGACGGAGAAUACAGGAACGAAAAACAUUAUAGGCAUAAAGGUGCAGCUGCUUGAAUCGGAUAACGAGAUAUGCUUAAGUCCUGCAACCUUCUCCAACAUGAAAAAUCUUAAAAUUUUCAUAAACCGUAAUGGACGGUUUUCUGGAGCCGUUGAUUACCUCCCCAACAACUUAAGGUUCGUUGAUUGGCCUGAAUGUCCGUUGAAAUCUUUGCCGCUCAAUUUAAUUCCGAAGAAUCUUGUUCUACUCAACAUGAGGAACAGCCGUAUCACAGGAUUCGGGGAGGGAUUUAAGAUCCUGACGAAGCUGACUUCUAUAGAUUUAUCUGACUGUGAAUACUUAACCAGAAUCUCCGACUUAUCCGGAGUUCCAAACUUAGUGAGGUUGAAUCUAGAAUGUUGCGGAAAUUUAACCGAGGUUGAUUCAUCAGUUGGAUUUCUUAAUAAACUUGAAUUCCUGGGACUUAAUUUCUGCGAUAAGCUUACAGUGUUUCCAACAACAAUAAGCUUGAAAUCUCUGGAGUAUUUUAAUCUUUACGGUUGUGAAAAGUUUGAGAUAUUCCCGGAAAUUGUGGGCAAAAUGGAAAGCCUAAGUGAUUUGACAAUUGUUAGAACUGCUAUAAAAGAAUUGCCUCCAUCAAUUGAAAAUGUCACCGGGCUUUUACGCUUAUCGUUAGAUGAAUGUGAAAACCUUGCAAAUCUGCCGCAAAGCAUUUAUGCGCUGCCCCGUCUUGAACAUCUUGGUCUCAGUGGCUGCCCAAAGCUUGUUACACUCCCUCCGGAGCUUCCAACUAACUCAAACACUUCACUUGACAACUUUGGGUCAGUAGCACUUCCCAAUCUAGAGAGAGUAUAUUUUGAUGAAUGCAGUUUAUCGGACAUUGAUACCCUUGCAAAUUUCGGUUGCUUAUCUAAAUUACAAAGAAUUAGUCUAUGUAAUAGCAAUUUUGAGAGUCUUCCUGCAUGCAUUAGCAAAUUUGUGCGGUUGGAGACACUUGAUUUGUCUGGUUGCAAGAGACUUCGAGAAAUUUUAAAACUUCCACCAAAUAUAAGAUGGAUUAACGUUGGUGAUUGCAUAUUGCUGGAAAUAUUUCCAACAUUGUCAGAGAUGAUACGGGUAGACGGAGACACGAGACUCAUUCGUUGGAUGAACUUGUCUAAUUGCCAAAGGCUAUGCGAAAAUUUGGCUUUGGAUGUCUCCAAGAUGGCAAGCGUAUUACUGCAUCAGGCGUGGAAGUGCUAUGAAGUGCCAAGUAUUAUACUUCCAGGCAGUGAAGUUCCAAAUUGGUUCAGUUGCCGUAAGGACGUACGUGUGGGGGUUGAUGGCUCUACAACUGAUCCUGGUUGUAUAUGUGAAAUAUUUAUUGAAAUCCCUCGGACUUUCAAAUGGAAAAACACAAUACUUGUUAUCUGUGCUGCUUUCACAAACACGCAAAAUGCAUAUUGCGAUUUUACGAUAGAGACUGCAGUCAAUGGAGUACGUAUAUAUGAGAGUGAUGUUUUAAUACAAUUAAUAUCAAAAAAGACAGAUGCAGCUCGUGUGUGGCUAACAUAUAUUCCAUUACCGGCUCACAUAAAGUCGAAGGUGGAUGAGGGUGGUGAUCAAUCAAAGCCGUAUCUGUGUCGAGUUCGUGUUUGCUGCGGAUCAUCAGAUGCGCCCCUCUUAAAAGGCUGCGGUGUCCAGGUGGGACUUCACAUUCUUCAACGCGUCCAAGAAGGCUUAAAUGGCUGCGGUGUCCACUUGGGAAAUUUCAGUAUGCCCGAGGAUGGUGGUGAAGAUGACGAUGAUGUAGGAGGUGAAGUUCGACCAAGAAAAAAGAAAAGGAUGCUGGCGAUCAAGGGUUGAAUGUUUCCGACGUGGGACUUCACAUUCUUCAACGCGUCCAAGAAGGCCAUUGAUAUACGAUUCCUCUCAUCUCUCUCGUGUUUAAGGCAAGGAUUUGGCUCCAUUUUAACGCUCUCUCCUGUUUUUCUUCUGUUAGUUUUCAAUUCUUAGAAUUCUUUGUGAUUUUCGUUUAUGGAAAACUAAUCUCCAUAGCUACGGCUAGGAGAGAAACCUACACUGUAACUAUGUACUUCUAUUAUUUUGAUUUUAUUUUGGAUUUUCAGGUUGGAAUUUCUUAUUUAAUCUAUUUUUGGAAUGAUGAAUAUUAGUUAUGAUCCAUAGGAUCAACCCUUUUUUUCU